AUGUCCAUUAUCAACACAUCACAUUUUGAAAUUACCACCUUUUUCUUGGUUGGGAUUCCAGGGCUGGAAUAUGCACACAUCUGGAUCUCCAUCCCCAUCUGCAGCAUGUACCUUGCUGCUAUUCUAGGAAAUUGCACCAUUCUUUUUGUCAUCAAGACAGAGACCUCCUUGCAUGAACCCAUGUACUAUUUCCUUUCCAUGUUGGCCCUGUCUGACUUAGGUUUGUCCCUAUCUUCUUUGCCCACCGUGUGGAAGAUAUUACUGUUCAAUGCUCCUAAAAUUUCUGCUGAUGCCUGCUUUGCUCAGGAAUUUUUUAUCCACGGAUUCACUGUAUUUGAGUCCUCAGUGCUCCUGAUCAUGUCAUUUGACCGCUUUCUGGCCAUCCACAACCCUCCGAGAUACAGCUCCAUUGUUACUACUGUCAGAGUUGCCCAAAUAGGAGUGGCAUUCUUUUUCAAGAGCUUCCUCCUGGUUCUUCCCUUUCCUUUCACUUUGAGAAGGUUGAAAUAUUGUAAGAAAAGUCAAUUAUCCCAUUCCUACUGCCUCUAUCAGGAUGUCAUGAAGUUGGCUUGCUCUGACAACCACAUUGAUGUCAUCUAUGGCUUUUUUGGAGCACUCUGUGUUAUGGUAGACUUUAUACUCAUUGUUGUGUCUUAUAUCCUGAUCCUCAAGACUGUGCUGGGAAUUGCAUCCCAAAAGGAGCAGCUCAAGGCCCUCAAUACUUGUGUCUCACACAUCUGUGCAGGGAUCAUCUUCUAUCUGCCCAUCCUCAACCUUGCCAUCCAUCGCUUUGCCCAGCACGUGUCUCCAUUCUUCAAUGUUCUCAUGGCAAAUGUUCUAUUACUUUUGCCUCCACUGAUGAAUCCUAUUGUGUACUGUGUGAAAACGAGGCAAAUUAGAGUGAGAUUUGUAGCAAAAUUAUGUCAAAAGUACAUAUAA